GAAGAUAGUGAGGAACCCACGCCUCCCGGCGAGGCCCUGCACGCCCUCGCUACGCUCAGGAAGUUCAUUGUGGAGCAAGGCGGACCUGCCUCCCUCCUGGACACGCUGGCGGAUAUGGAGGGCUGGGUCACCAAGCACAUCGUCAAGACAGAAGUGUCCAUAGCAGAGUGAACGGCAACUUGGAGGUUUCUUUAUCUUUUCGGGGCCAUGCGUGGCACCGCAUGAGAUGCGUCCCAGUCACCCUGUGGGCAAUGCGCGCCGACAUGUGGGAGGCCGCGGCUGAAUCCCACACGACCGUCAACUUGAUGCUGUGCUGUGUUGCCUGUUUGGUCUGAUGAGAUGCCGGUUAGAAUAUAAACUGAUGCACAACUCGAAUUGCUUGUCCACCAUUCAGUACUAGAAUACAGAUUCCUGUGCAGCGAGCAAGCAUUCUGCACCUCGACCCGCAAGCUGUCACUCCUACAAAUAACGUUCAUGCAUGACAAACAUAUAACUAUUGGGCUCGGCAUGUCUCGCGGCAAGACAGGAUAAGCACUAUGUUGUGGUGAGGGACGAUCAUGCGGCAGUAAACCAGGCGGCGGUGCAUGGCUGCUUGCAGAGGUGACCUUUGACCUGCUUGCCACGAACCAGUGUGAGUAGCGCAUCCAUAAACUCGCCAUUAAGCAGGUGAAAGCAAGCUGAACAUCGCCUCUCACGGAAGGAACACCAGACCGGUCAAGAGGGAGCCAAAAAACGAGGAUAGUGCUUAACUAACCCAGGAUUGACACACGGCAGCGGGACGUCAUCUGCAAGCUGGAGGAGUGCAGGCGCAAACCUCACGUGAUACCGCGGAUGCUUCAAGAGUGGAGUGGGUCAAGAAAGACGGGAAGGUUAGACAAAUAGCUAUGGCAAGCAGCAGCAGCAGCAGCAAAAGGGUGGGCGUGGCCGGGCGUAGCGGGAAAGUGACUUCAGUGCAGCUGACGGUCAACAGUGUGGUUCAUCAAGUGGGGUCUGAGCUGUCACCACAGAUGCACCUGAUUGACUACUUGCGAAAUGAGUUGCACCUGACGGGUGCUAAGGCUGUGUGUCGAGAGGGAGGCUGUGGUGCCUGCACGGUGGUGGCCACGGCUCCAGACCCUGAGGAUCCCGGGAAGUCAAAGACAUUCAGUGUCAAUGCUUGCCGGCAGCUGCUGUUUGCAUGUGAUGGUUGGGAGGUGGAGACAGUGGAGCAUCUUGGGGAUCGCCACAAUGGUUACCAUCCCCUCCAGGAGGCACUGGCAAGCUUCUAUGGCACUCAGUGUGGUUACUGCUCUACAGGGAUGGUCAUGACAAUGCAUGGGCAGCAGAAGGCCAGGAGCUCCCUGACCAUGAGCCAGGUGGAGACUGCUCUGGAUGGCAACUUGUGUCGCUGCACCGGCUACCGACCCAUCCUGGAUGCCUUCAAGGCCUUGGCAGAGGAUGCUAGUGAGGACCUUAAGGACAGACUGCCAGACCUAGAGGACACUCAUAAAGAAAAAGGAUGCUGCAAGUCCAAGAGCAAGUGUCAGAGGUCAUGUGGGGCUAGCUGUGAGAAUAUUAAUGGUGCCAAGAAGAAGGAUGUGGGGGGUCUGACUGAAGAGACCCAGUGGUACCAGCCAGCAUCCAUACAGAGUAUUUAUGAUGUGAUAAACAGCAUGGCAGAAGGAGAGACUUAUCAGCUUGUUGUUGGCAAUACAGGAGAAGGAGUGUACAGGAAUAGCAGCACACCCAGUGCCUGCAUCAGCACGGCAGGUGUGAGGGAGCUUUAUGCCAUCCAGAAGACAGCCACUUCCCUCAUGCUUGGUGGCAGUGUCAGCUUGGGACGAGCCAUGGAAGUCUUCAAGGAUGUCCAGUUUGCUGAAGGUUUUCAUUACUUAGAGAGUCUUGCCAGUCACUGGUCUGUGGUGGCCAACACAGCAACACGAAACGUUGGAAGUAUUGCCGGGAAUCUGAUGCUGAAGCACCAACACCCUGAGUUCCCAUCUGACAUCUUCUUGACACUGCUGGGUGCUGGUGCAUCACUGACUCUUGGUACAGCAGCUGAUGCCUCCACUUCAGAAGUGACACUGGAGCAGUUCCUCUCCACCAACAUGGCGGGAUGCAUCAUCCUUUCUGUCACGCUGCCACAGCUCUCACUCAACACCCAGAUCCACUCAUACAAGAUCAGUCCCCGUGCAGUCAAUGCCCACGCUUAUGUCAAUGCAGUGUUCAGGUUUGAGGUGAAUACCAUGGCUGACUUUCAGAUCACCAGCAAGCCUCUCAUCCUCUAUGGCGGCAUCGACCCUGACUUUAUCCAUGCCAAGCAGACAGAAGAGUUCCUUGCUGGCCGGUCCUUGCUGCAGCCUGGACUGGUGGUGGAGGCAGCGUCUGUGCUGAGUUUGGAGUUGCACCCUGAUAGCCAGCCACAGGAUGCCUCCCCUCAGUACCGCUCUUCUCUGGCACAGGCUCUUCUCUAUAAGGCUGUGCUCAGCAUCCUUGGUGAGGCAGUGAGUCCCGCGCUGGCAAGUGCUGGGAGCCUCAUCACUCGGCCUGUGUCAUCCGGCAAGCAGUUCUUUGAGGAAAAUGUGGAAAUGUUGCCAGUUGGGAAGCCAGUGCCCAAGGUAGAAUCUUUGCCACAGGUCUCAGGAGAGGCACUAUUUAUGAAUGAUGCUCCUGCCCUGCCUGGUGAGCUGCAUGGAGUCUUCAUACAGAGUGGUGUGGGACGGGCUAGCAUCAAGGCCAUUGACACCUCCAAGGCAGUGGAAGCAGAGGGAGUGGUGGCAGUGGUGACAGCUGCAGACAUUCCCGGCAUCAACAGCUUCAUUGCAGCCAAUGACGUUCAUCCUGAAGAAGUGUUUGCCUCUGUAGAGGUGAAGUAUGCCGGCCAGCCACUGGGCCUGGUGGUGGCCACCAGCCAUGAUGCUGCCAGGGCAGCUGCCUCCCUGGUUGUGGUGGAGUAUGAGAAUCAGCAGGUGCCAGUGCUCACCAUUCAGCAGGCCCAGGCUGAGGGCUGGGUCUACCCGGCCCAACAGGAACCCCUCACACAGGGAGACAUAGAGGAGGGUUUUGCAGCCUCCACUCACAUCAUCACUGGGGAAUUUGACCUUGGGGGACAACAUCACAUGACUCUUGAACCAAUCUCAGCACGUGUGGAGCCCACUGAGGAUGGCUAUGAUGUGCUGGGUACCACCAUCUGGCCCACUGAAUGUCAGGCAACAGUGGCGCAGGUGCUCGGUGUGGACGCCAGCAGUGUGAAUGUGUCAGUGCGGCGCAUUGGUGGUUCCUUUGGAGGCAAGAUUAGUCGGAGUCACGUGGUGUCAUCUGCUGCGGCUGUGGCAGCUUGGAAGACCCACCAGCCAGUGAAGGUGUCUCUGGACCUCAAGACCCACAUGACACUUGUAGGUGGCCGGGAGCCCUACUACUCCAAGUACAAGGUUGGCACAGAUGCUGAAGGCAAAGUGCUGGCCAUUGAAGAAGAACUGACAUGUGACAGUGGGUGUGUAGGGAAUGAUGUAGCAAGUGGUAUUGGGGCUGCCUUCAUGAGCAGUGUGUACUACUGCCCCAACUGGCUGGUGCGGGCAAUGUACGCCAUCACCAACACUGCCUCCAACACCUUCACCAGAGCACCAGGCAUUGUGGAGAGUCUGGCCACCAUGGAGGUCAUCAUGGACCACAUUGCUGCUGUCCUGGGAAAGGAUCCCCUGCAAGUGCGGGAAAUCAACCUGGCCGAUGCUGGAGCACUGCGGCCAGGCUUCACACCAGUGGUGAGGAAUGUGUUCAAGGAGGACAUCCUGCCACGCCUCAGGGUGACGGCAGACUUUGACAAACGGAGGGCGGAGGUGGCCGUCUAUAAUAAGGCCAACAGGUGGAGGAAGCGAGGUGUGGCUCUGGUGCCAUUUUGCUUCAACAUUGGCUUUGAUGUUGCCUUUCGUUUUGGUGGACUGGUAAACAUCUAUUCCCAUGAUGGCACUGUUGCUAUCACUCAUGGAGGUGUUGACAUGGGCCAGGGCAUCAACACAAAGGUGAGCCAGAUUGCUGCCUACAUCUUGGGGGUUCCUCUGGAGACAGUGAGGGUGAAGCCUACCUGCACCACCUCCAAUGCUAACUCCUCCCACCAGGGGGCCACCAUCUGCUCCGACAUUGUGUGCCUGGGAGUGAAGAAAGCUUGUGAGACUCUGGCAGGAAGAAUUGCAGAAUUCAAAGCCACUCUGCCUGAUGUAGGGGCAGGUGUGUCUUGGCCAGAGCUGUUGAAGCUAUGUGUAUCUGGAGAUGUUGAUAUCAGCGAGAGAUUCUGGACUCAGCAAGGGAAGUAUCCGGCAAACUAUGAUGUGUAUGGAGGGGCCUGUGUGGAGGUGGAGCUGGAUGUCCUCACUGGCACCUUCCUCAUUCAUCGUGUGGAUGUUAUUGAAGACUGUGGGCAAAGCAUGAGUCCCCUGGUGGAUGUGGGCCAAGUGGAGGGUGGCCUGGUCAUGGGUCUGGGGCUACACACCACUGAGGAGAUCAAGUUUGACCCCACCACUGGGCAGAAGCUUACAGCAGGAACCUGGUCAUACAAGCCUCUGAGUGCUCUAGACAUCCCAGUGGAUCUGAGAGUGACUCUGCUGCCCAACUCGUCCAAUGAGAGUGGAGUUCUGCGGGCCAAGGCGGUCGGGGAGCCACCACUGUGCUUGUCGUAUGGAGUGGUGAUGGCGCUGCGCCAGGCCAUCACUGCUGCCCGGAGCCUGGCUGGGGAGUCUGGCUGGUUUGACAUCAGUACCCCGCUAACAGUGGAGAAGAUACAACAACUGUGUCUUGUUGAUUCAUCUCAGUUUGUCACAACACAAGAAUAAAGGAGCUUAGUUAGGACUUCCUUUCACCAGCAGUGCACUGCAGCUAAGUGCCAAGAGCUUCCCCUACAAACAAGUAUCAGCGUGUAGAGUUUGAGGUGAUUUAUUGGACACUGAUUAAUAAAGACUUCAACCUAAA